AUGGGCGAGUGUCUGCGCAGAGCUUGUCCAUGUCUGGAGACACUAUGGAAGAAGAUCUCCGGAGAGAAGAUUCCCUCAGUCUCCUCCCCGGACCUGUACGUGGCCCUGUGGUCCUUCUCGGCCCGGCACCGGGACGAGCUGUCCUUCACGGAGGGGGACCUGCUCCGGGUCACGACCUGCUCCGGGGACUGGUGGACCGCCCGGAGGACGGACCGGACCGGAAGCCUGCUGGACUCCGGGAUCGUGCCCCACAACUACCUGGUCCGAGCCGGGUCCCUGCGGAGCCAGCCGUGGUUCUUCGGUCAGAUGAACCGGAUCGAGGCUCAGAGUCAUCUGCUGGCCGCAGGAAACCAGGACGGCUCCUUCCUCAUCCGCCAGAGCGAGAAGGACAACGUGGGACAUGUCCUCUCAGUGCGGUCGAGCAGUCGAGUGAAACAUUAUAAAAUCCACGCGGCGUCCGACUCGUUCUUCGUGGAUCCUUCUCAGAUCUUCAUCUCUCUGGUGGAGCUGGUGAAGUUCUACGGCUCGAACAGCCUGGUGAACACCGGGCGGCUGGGAAGCGUCUGCAGGAGAAAGCAACCCGACACCCCCGACCUGAGCCACUUCACAGUGGACGAGUGGGAGCUUCCCCAGGAGCAGUUCACCCUGGAGGAGGAGCUUGGGACGGGAUACUUCGCCGACGUGUACCGAGGACGCUGGAAGAACCACAUCGACGUGGCCGUCAAGAUCCUCAAGAGCGACUCGGAGUUGAACCACCGGGAGUUUCAGAGGGAGGUUCAGAUCCUGAAGCGUCUGCGGCACCGUCACCUCAUCUCUCUGUUCGCUGUGUGCACCGCGGCGUCUCCGUAUUACAUCAUCACCGAGCUGAUGGAGAAAGGCAGCCUGCUCACGUUCCUCAGAGGCCCAGAGGGGGCGCUGCAGGACACCGGGGCGCUGGUGGACAUGGGCGCCCAGGUGGCUGAUGGGAUGUCGUACCUGGAGCAGCAGAACAGCAUCCACCGAGACCUGGCGGCUCGAAACGUGCUGGUGGGAGGAGACUACAUCUGUAAGGUGGCCGACUUCGGUCUGGCCCGAGUGAUCAAGGAGCCGUUCUACAUCUCCGACGAUAAGAAGAUUCCCUACAAGUGGUGCGCCCCCGAGGCCAUCAGCCACGGGAAGUUCUCCAGCCGCUCGGACGUCUGGUCCUUCGGCGUCUUGCUCUACGAGAUCGUCACGUACGGAGGCAUUCCUUACCCAGCCUUCAGUAACCAGGAAGUGUACCAGCAGGUCACUAAAGGUUACAGGAUGCCGGCUCCGCCCACGUGUCCCGACCUUCUCUACGGCCUCAUGUUGAAGUGUUGGAGCCACGAGCCCGACGAGCGUCCCAGCUUCAAGUCCCUGAAGCUGCAGCUGGACGGCAGCUCCUACGAGAUGGGCUGA